AUCGUAUUGCUGACAGGAACAUCAGGGGGAAAGGGAAAGAAGAUCCGAUCCACUCGGACACGAUAAGCUGUGGCAGCGGAGCAAUAAAUACCCCGCACGAAAGAGAAUAAAGUAGCAUAAGAACGGAAAGGCACUUCAAUUUUUCACCAUGAAUUCUCGACAACUAGCAAAAGCAUCAAUUCCCGCUUAUACCUGUCCGGAGGGAACAAAAAUGCACAUCUUGGACUUAGGGACAUUAAGCUGUGAUGAGGGAUGGAUUUUCACGGCGGGAAAUACAGGCACCUUCAGCGAACCCCAGCCCACUCGGAAAUGGCGAGACUUGAUGCUGCUGUCAGGUCUUAUUGACCACCCGGAGAUGGGACUGAUUUUGUUUGAAACCGGAUGUGCCGAGGAUAUCGAGCUUAAAUGGACUCCCGCGUCUGCUGAUGUCUUCCCGCGCACACGCUACGAGCCACAACAUCGUCUUCCCGCUGCGAUUAAAGCGGCCGGCUAUGAUAUCAAAGACGUCAAAGCAGUCGUCAUGGGACAUUUACAUCUGGACCACGCGGGAGGCCUGGAGCAUUUCCUCAACACGAGAGUGCCCAUCUACGUGCACGAGGAGGAGUUCAAGUACGCGUGCUGGGGGGCAGGAACCAAAAUAGAAGGAGGCUCUUAUCUACCGGACUAUCUCCCUCUUGAUGGGUCACUGAAUUGGCAAACCUUCAACGACUCGCAAUUGGACCUUUGCACGGGAAUAACAUUGCAUCUUUGCGCCGGACAUACGCCGGGACUCUGCAUUAUGCAGGUCAAUCUGCCUCAGGACGGGACUUUUAUCUGGACUACGGACCAGUUUCACGUGCGGGAAAAUUAUGAGAAGAACCACGCGCAGGGCUGGCUCCUCCGGGAUCAUAAGAGCUGGAUGGAUAGCACGAAUUUUAUCCGGCGAUUGCAGAAGCAAUACUCGGCUACAAUUAUCUUUGGUCAUGAUGCCGAGGUCGGCACCGCGUUGAUUCAGCAAAAGAAGUUCUUCCAGUGACAGUAUUCCCGGAGCUGCAGAUGAACAUGACCAAAGGUGGUCAGCGUACUACCUCGGCAACCUUGAUCACAUUUGCAUGUUAUUGUUCUUCUGGGACUUUUGAUGCAAGUACGCUUGGUUGAAUCAUAUAGAUUGAAAUAGUAGUAGCAAGGCGGAAGUCGCAGGUAUUAUUAGUGUAUCUGACCACUAUCAUAGUGGCUAGUAACGUAUGUCUCCUUAAGGUGAUUCACAACAGCCGC